AUGAAAGUUCAAGUUUGGGGGAAAAGAGUAGAGCAGGAGAUAAAGUUGUACACAGAUUGCCUGCUUUUUUGCAUUAUAAAACAGAACCUGACUUUUGCUUCUAGCAAGGAAGAAUUCCGAUAG